AGCAGGAGUCAAGCCAGAGUCCACAGGACAGAACAGUCCAGGAUGCAAACGGAGGAGGCCUCGCCAUCAACGUCACCAAAGUGGUGGUGAGUUCUCUUCUCUUCUCUUCUCUUCUCCUUAACUCUGUCUUCUUCUCUUCUCUUCUCUUCUCUUCUCUUCUGCUUAACUCUGUGUUCUUCUCUUCUCCUUAACUCUGUGUUCUUCUCUUCUCUUCUCUUCUUCUUAACUCUGUCUUCUUCUCUUCUCUUCUCCUUAAAUCUGUGUUCUUCUCUUCUCUUCUCCUUAACUCUGUCUUUUUCUCUUCUCUUCUCCUUAACUCUGUCUUCUUCUCUUCUCCUUUAAUCUGUCUUCUUCUCUUCUAUUCUUUUCUCUUCUCCUUAACUCUGUCUUCUUCUCUUCUCUUCUCUUCUCCUUUAAUCUCUUAUUCUCUUCUCUUCUCCUUAACUCUGUCUUCUCUUCUCGUCUCCUUUAAUCUGUCUCCUUCUCUUCUCUUCUCCUUUACUCUGUCUUAUUCUGUUCUCUUCUCCUUUAAUCUUCCUUCUUCUCUUCUCCUUUACUCCGUCUUAUUCUGUUCUUUUCUCCUUUACUCUGUCUUCUUUUCUUCUCUUCUCCUUAACUCUGUCUUCUUCUCUUCUCUUCUCCUUUAAUCUGUCUUCUUCUCCUCUCUUCUCCUUUACUCUGUCUUCAUCUCUUCUCCUUUAGUCUGUCUUCUUUUCUUCUCUUCUCCUUAACUCUGUCUUAUUCUCUUCUCUUCUCCUUUACUCUGUCUUCUUCUCUUCUCCUUUACUCUGUCUUCUUCUCUUCUCUUCUCCUUUACUCUGUCUUCUUCUCUUCUCCUUUACUCUGUCUUCUUCUCUUCUCCUUUACUCUGUCUUCUUUUCUUCUCUUCUCCUUUGCUCAGUCUUAUUCUCUUCUCUUCUCCUUUACUCUGUCUUCUUCUCUUCUCCUUUACUCUGUCUUCUUCUCUUCUCUUCUCCUUUACUCUGUCUUCUUCUCUUCUCCUUUACUCUGUCUUCUUCUCUUCUCCUUUACUCUGUCUUCUUUUCUUCUCUUCUCCUUUGCUCAGUCUUAUUCUCUUAUCUUCUCCUUUACUCUGUCUUUUUCUCUUCUCCUUUACUCUUUCUUCUUCUUUUCUCUUCUGUUUUAUUUUGAUUUAAUCUCUUCUCUUCUUUUCUCUUCUCCUUUAUUUUGUCUUCAUCUCUUCCCUUCUUUUCUUUUCUCUUCUCCUCUCUUCUCCUUUAUUUCGUCUUCACCCGUUCUCUUCUCUUCUCUUCUCCUUUACUGUCUUCUUCUCUUCUUUCCUCUUCUCUUCUCUUAUCUUCUCCUUUAUUUCAUCUUCAUCUCUUCUCUUUUUUUCUAUUCUUUUCUCCUUCUUAUCCUUCUUUUCAUCUUCUUUUCUUUUCUUUUUCUUCUCUUCAUUUCCUACUGUCCAUUGUCCUCUUCCGUUUUACUCUUUUCACUUCUCACUUUGGUCUCUUCUCCUUCUCAUUUUUUCUCUUUUACUCUGAUCUGAUCUCACCUCCUCUCUUAUCGCCUUCGCUCUUUUUUUUUCUUCUUUUCUCCUCUACUCUCCCCUAAGCUUUUUUCUUCCCUUUUACUCUGAUGUAGUCUUUUUCUCUUCUUACCCUGUCUUUUCUUCAUUUUGUGUUCUCUGCUCUUCUUACUCUCCUCAUUUUCUCUUCUCUUUUCUUCUCUUCUCUUCUCUUCUCUGCGGCUCUUACUCUUUAGUCGUUCCUCUGCAGGUGUUGUUGAUUGAGCCGUGCAGGCUGCAGGUGUGCUGCAUGUCCUCACAUGUGCCACCUGCACUAAUCUCCUCAGCUCAUGUACUUUGUCCAAAUGAUUCAUUCAUAACACGAGGCUUCAACAACUGCUCAGCAUUCAAACCAUUUGGAAGUGCUGUCAUUCAUCACUGAGAGUUACAGAUUAGGUCCAAUUUGCUUUAAAGUGUUACAGAAGAUUUCCACAACGUGUGUGUGCAGCAUGAUGAAUAGAAGCCUUUUGUACUUUUCAUCUGCUGUGUGUCGAGAAAACGUUAAACUGAAUGAAGGGGAAAGCAUGUGUUGAUGAUCUUUAAAUAUCCCAGUGGGUGGAGGAUAAAGAGACCUCACAGCAACCUCGGAUGUGUGGGUUUAUUUAAGUGCUUCUCUGGGCUUUUUUGUAUCUCUAACAGAACACGAAUGAUUUCCAUAAACUGAGUUAUGCUUCCCACUCUUCAAACCAAAUUCAAACCAGAUUUGCCAAUAGUUCUGCCGGUGGAGGGUUUUUUUAAGCAUGCUGGAGUUCUAAUGUGUUAGAUGUCUUAAUGUACGUUGGUAUGCUUGUAUGCUUCUUAGCACCUUUUUAGAAUAUCCGUAAAUAAGAAACCCCAUAAUUAUCAUGUCUGCAAUUUUUCUGGGUGUUUUAUGGGCUUGUUUAGAAGUAUCAUGGUCAGUCCCUAAAACUUAAUGGACAUUCUUGGUCAAAAGCACCUAGAGAAAGAGGAGCUCUGUGCAGGAGGCUGAGCAGGGAUGGAGCUGAAGGCAGCUGCUGCAGCUGAAGGCUUUCCCCAGAAACAGAAGCCAUUCUGGGGCGAGUGUAUCAGGGAAUCUGGGUCGUAAGUAGUUAUCUGGAGCACUGCUGCAGUUGUGUGUGUGUGUGUGUGCGAGAGAGGCUGCUUUUAACUGCUCUACUUUCGAUGAUACCCACACCUCUUCACUGUACUGUCUCCAUCCCUCUCUGUCACCUUCACCUAGAGAAUACAUUAAUAACACAGUGGAGAGCUGGACUGGAAACACUUUUAACACAGUGUGUGUGUGUGUGUAUUGCUUGUAGUCCAGACACACUUUCCUCACUCUCUUUCUUGGCAGGUGAACUAAGGUGCAUAGUAUGUUAUAUAUUUAAAGUCUUAACUUCUAGCAGUCCAUCACAUGUCUUUAAUGACCUCGCGGCAUGUCUCUGAUUUAAACCGUUUGUUGCAUUAGAAACUGUGUAAUCAUUGGCUCUUGGGUUUAUUAAUCCAACAGCAGAAUUCAUGGUGGUGUGUUAUAUAAGAUAUUGAAAUUGUGGGCUGAAUUUUUCCAGGCACAUUAAUGAAUAAAUCAUGUUAUGGUUUGCGAGAUGUUAUCUUAGUGUAUUAACUUUUCUGUCUUGUCAUCUUUUUUUCUUUAGUCAUUUCUGCCUUAAGCCUGUAGUGUGUAAGUCUGAGGACACUCAAAAAUAUUACUCAUGGCGUAGCUUUGGCCCCAGUGACAGACGAACUCAGGAGCUCUGGGUGGACCUGAAUUCAGUCCAGGAGGGUCAAGUCAGGGUGCACGGCAUCCUGUCCAACACACACCGACAGGCAGCGCGGGUGGCCCUUUCCUUCGAUUUCCCCUUCUAUGGACAUCAAGUGAGGCAAAUCACCAUAGCAACUGGAGGGUUCAUUUUCACUGGAGAGAUUACGCAUCGCAUGCUGACGGCCACCCAGUACAUUGCGCCUCUCAUGGCCAACUUUGACCCCAGUUUUUCCAGGAACUCCACUGUGUGCUACCUGGACAAUGGUGAGGUGUUUGUCGUGCAGUGGGAUAAGGUGAGGCUUCAGGGCAGGGAGGCAGAGGGAGCCUUCACCUUCCAGGCCGCUCUUCACCGCAAUGGGACCAUUGUUUUUGGCUACAGAGACGUACCUUUACCGGUGGUAAAGAUCAAUUCUACUGAGCAUCCAGUGAAAGUUGGUCUGUCUGAUGCCUUCAUGGCCUUUAUUCCUUCCCCACAAUCCCCAGAUUCGAAAAGGAGGACGAUCUACGAAUAUCAUCGGGUUGAAGUCAACACCACUGAGAUUGUAAACCGCUCUGCAUUUGUGUUCAGCCCGUUACCUACCUGCCUCCAACACACCAACUGCGACCAGUGUCUCCACUCCAACCUCACCACGGGCUGCAGCUGGUGCAACAUCCUGCAGAGGUGUUCAGAUGGGAUAGACCGGCAUAGACAAGAAUGGCUUGAAUUUAGCUGCUCAGAGGAGGCGAAGGAGGACACAUGUGAAGAUUACAGUCAGGGAGGUUCAGACAGCUCGAUGAGUCCAUUCAGCUCUCCGGUUCCUGCCGCUACACAGUCCCCUGCAGCUAGGCCAGGCAGCCCUGUCACUGAGGAUUUGCAGAAGGGUACUUCUGGUGAGGAGGAGCCUCCAGAACAUACUGCAAUUAUUGCGGGUGUAGUGGCAGCCCUGGUCUUACUGGUCUUCUUGACCCUGCUGGCUGUGUACUAUAUAAACACACACCCAACUGUCGCCCCUCCAUUCUACCUCAUGCAGCGCCGAACCAAUAACUAUUGGCCGUCCAUGAAGUUUCGCAAUCAGGGUUGCCAUUCCAGCUACGCUGAGGUUGAACUUGGGUUUCAUGAAAAGGAUGGCUUUAUUGAGGCUGAGCAGUGCUGAGGAGGCGGGACUUCCUACUCAAAGGAGCCAAUUCAUUUCUGUUUUUUAGUAAAAGAUCAAACAAACAAACAAAAAAAAGACAAUGAGGUACUGUUACCCACCACAUGAAUGGACACCAGAGACUGUGGAUAGUUACCUUGCAAGCUUACUCUGCCUCCAUAUAUUUGACAGUCUUUCCUGCAACACCUCUUGUGCUAUUUGUUUAUUCCUUUUAUUAAGGAACAGGCAAUGUUAAUGGCAAAUGUGCUAGCUACGCUCUUAGUAAAGGCGUUCAGAGUGGCACAUGCAUUAACCAUGAAGAGUCCUGCAGUUAAUGUACAGUACAAUACAACUUUGUAGAAUUUCAUUUUUAAAAAAAACAGAUGUUUUGUGUUUUAUAAUAUGUUCAAUGAGAAAAAAAUAAUACUCAGUUAGCCACAUGGACUGGACUGCACUUUAAAUGAAUUAUCUCAGUAGUAAUAGUGAUAUGAUGUGAUCUAAUUUUUUUGACCUUUUUUAAAAAAAAAUAUUUUG